AUUUUAUUGUUAUUGUAGAAUGAAAUGGUUGAGUUGCGACGAGACAAACUUAUUCAAUUUGAAGAUGGCUUGCUACUAGUAGUUGAUGAGGCUGCUAUAUAUAGGCAGGUGUUAGGUGAAGGAAAAUACGGUUGGUUACGAGGUUUAGGUCCUACACCUGGAAAAAAGAUCUCAGUGGAAUUAUCAUCCAAACAUAAAGAGAUUGAAGAAGAACGUUUGGACAAAUUAGAGAAAAUCAUUGAAGAUCUAAGGAAGGAUCAAGAUAAUAAUGUUGCAAGAAUCGUUCAAGAGAAUAUGAAAAUAUUCUAUGAAUCACAACAAGGCAGAUUAUUAGAGGAACGAUCAUCAGAGUCACCAAUCAGAAUUCCAUCAAUGGAUAAACAAAAUAGUUUUUUCACGCAACUGGAGCCAAGUAAAGAAAAAGAUCAACCCUCAUCUUCACAAAAACCCACUAAAUCGUCCUCAAAUUUAGAAGAAGUGCGAGAUUCUCCAAUUAAAUUUGAGAUUCCUAAGGACACUCCAAAGGGUGUAAAAGCUGCAUUACUAGCUGUUCGAUUUAUAAAAGCUUCACACACUUUUUCCAUGGUCAUGGACCCAGAAAUUUUGGAUAAUGAUGAAUAUUUACAUAUUUCACCUAUUGAUGUAAUUCAUCUAGGCACUAUGAAACGGAUUGGAGCUGCUUGCAUAGUAUUUUACAUUAGGAUCUUACAUGAAAAGUUGGUGAAGGCAAAUCGAGCACAAUAUUUUCGUUUCUUUCAUCCAAUUUUAGCUUUGGAUUCAUGUCAAGCACAAAAUGCAAUGACAAUGGCAGAUCGCAUGGAAGGAACAGAAGCAGGACAAUUUUGGUUGCUUUCUGUUAAUACUGGAGACCAUUGGAUGCUAGCAAUUAUUGAUGUAUUGCGUGAAACAUGUUAUUGGCUUGACUCAAUUGGAUUACCCCCGCCUAAUAAAAUUAAAUCUCUAAUGGCAAUGACUUUUGAUUACUACAAUGCUUCCAGUAAUAGGCAGCCAAAAAAGUCUGGCAUUACAUGGAAAUCUAUAAAAUGUCCUCAACAAAUAUCGGAUUUUGAGUGUGGAUAUUAUGUAAUGAGAUACAUGCGUGAAUUUUGCAUGAAUUCUAGACCUAUCAAUUGGCUAACCACUCAAUGGAAUGGGAAAAAAACUUAUACAAAACAAGAAAUUGAUGAAAUUCGUUUGGAAUGGGCUGACCAAUUUUUAGAAGAAAUUACAGAAGAUGGAGUGCUUUAAUUGAGUGAUCACAAUAAAAGAAACAUUGUUAUUGUGUUAUGCAAACCUUUCAGUUUAUUAAUUUGUUUUAAGGUAGUAAGUGUUUUUUUUUUUCCCUAAGAUGCUUUUAUCUAUGUUGGUUUCUUUGAAAUUUUUACUGAAGCUUAUUAGAGGGUCCAUCUAGUAUCUUUGUUUCAACAAAGUUAUAUAUAUCCUAUAUGACUUAUGUAGUUGUUUAUUACAUUAUUUUUCUUUCAAUUUUUUAUAUGGCGUUUAUAAUUUUUUAAAUUUAGUUUAUCUUGUUCAUUUAUUAUAAAUUUAAUUAUUUCUUUUUACCUUUCUUUAAUAUUAGAACAAAAUAUAAUUUAUAUACAUAUUGUUUUUUAAGAAAAUAUAGAUUAAUUUUUUUAAUUUGGAGCACAAGUACAGAUUUAAUUAUGUUUUUAUGUUUACUAUUCUUACAUAUAUAAUAUAUUAUAUUCUACAUUUAUUAAUUAGUAAUACAUAUAAAAC